CUGACACCAUUCUCCAAAAGCGUAUUAGAGUCUCGAUAUUUCGAGUUUGAUGAUCGUUUUUCCCUAAACCUUUUCCCGCGUUCUUCUAUAACCUUUUGUCUCCAAAAAGACCCAGAUAUGAGAGGUAAUCAAGGGAUUUACGUUUUCAGUUUUUGGCUUCAUUUAUCAAUCGUGGUGUUCUGUUUGGGAAGACAAGGGCAAAGCUCUCGUCCGUCUUGCGGAAGAAACUACAAUGGAAGAGAGGGGAAAAUCAAGUCCCCGAAUUACCCCAAUUAUUACAGUCCAAGAGCCAACUGCCUCUACAAGAUCACAGUUCCCACUGGAAUGAGGGUCAGAGCCAAAUUUAACAAUUUUAGCGUUGAACCAGCCGGAGGAAAUCCUACAGCAACGUGCUACGAUUAUGUUGAAGUCCACGAUGGCCCGACCAUCCAUAACAGUUCCCUUGGGAAGUAUUGUGGAAAGCUGCAACCUUUCAGCGUGUUUUCUACCACCAAUGUUAUGCUUGUUCGAUUUGUUUCCGAUCGUUCUGUGAAUAACAAGGGGUUUCAACUUAAUUUUCAAGCUAAACCAUUGUCAAAGAGCCACCAACGGACACCACUUCCCGUUACCACAAAUGCAAAGACACUUCCCUCCACCCCAGUCCCUACGAUAACUACUGCCACACCUUGCUUACCCAAUCAAUUUCAGUGCAGCGACGGCAGUUGCAUAAGAAAGGCAUGGCGAUGUGAUGGCUCGUUUGACUGUUUGGAUAAUUCCGAUGAAGAGAAGUGUCCAUGUAAACCAUUCCAGAUGACCUGUGCUAAUGGAGUGUGCGUUAAUAAGCUUUGGAUUUGCGAUGGGGCAGACGAUUGCGGGGAUAACUCAGACGAACAGAACUGCAACGUACCAACAGCUCCAUCAGCAUCCCUGAAUUGUUCUCUAAACAACGGCGGUUGUGAACAGAAGUGCGAAGAGAUUUACGUGGGUCAAAGGAAGAGUAUAUCCUGUAGUUGUAGGCAUGGAUUUAACCUGCUUUCAGACCAAAAACACUGUGUUGACAUCGACGAAUGCCAGACCAAUAAUGGAGGCUGCCGCCAUUUAUGUAUGAAUUACCCAGGAGGUCAUACGUGUGCUUGCACCAAAGGUUACUUUCUUGAUCGCGACAAGAAAAAUUGUAGAGACAUAAAUGAAUGCUCUAAUGGCAAUGGAGGAUGUAAUCAUGACUGUAUAAACACCGCUGGAAGCUUUCAUUGUAGAUGUUAUCCCGGAUUCGAAUUCAAGACCAGCGAUAAGAAGAUCUGCCAAGAUAUUAAUGAAUGUGAUGGCAAUAACGGAGGCUGUAGUCAUGACUGCGUCAACCAAGCUGGAAGCUUCUACUGUCAGUGCCCACCCGGAUACAAGCUUUUGAAUGAUUCCAAGACCUGUGUGGAUGUGAAUGAAUGUGAAAUAAGUAACGGUGGAUGUGAGCAUGAUUGUCAGAACACUCUUGGCAGCUUUUUUUGUUCAUGCCGUGAUGGUUAUAUCGAGGAUUUCGUGUAUCCCUCCAAGUGUAUGGAUAUUGAUGAGUGUGCUAUGGGAGCGCCAGCCUGUUUUGUUUGUCACAAUACACCUGGAAGUUACGAAUGUACAUGUGAUCCUGGCUUCGUAACAAACGCCAACAAAACACGGUGCGAAGACAUCGAUGAAUGCGCCUCAAAUAAUGGCAGCUGUGGAGAGCACCCAUGCGUCAAUAGUUAUGGAAGCUACUCAUGCCAAUGUAACUCUGGAUAUCAAUUUAAUCCUACAACCAAAAGCUGUGAAGACGUCAACGAGUGCUCGAGUAAUAGGGGUGGCUGCGAGCAAAUCUGUAAGAACAGUCCGGGUUCGUACCGAUGCGCCUGCAGAGAUGGUUACAAGCUGAGGCAGAAGACCAGGUGUUUGGACAUUGACGAGUGCGCAGAAGGUGCUCACCAAUGCCAACACAACUGCACUAAUAGCGACGGAAGCUAUACUUGCUCCUGUAAGAAGGGAUACUUUCUUUCCAAUAAUGGCCACUCCUGCAGUAGAAAGAGGAAUCCACAAGAGUGCGGCGUUGCACCCCUUGUUGGCAGUUCAUUGCCUGGGAGAUGGCACUCAGAGGACCAGGCAACUUGGCCUUGGGCAGCUCUGCUCCACUUCAGCGUCUUUGGUGACAUCGAAGGCUGUAUGGCUACUCUCAUAGAUAAAGAAUGGCUGAUCACCUCAGCUCAUUGCCUGUACCUAGGACAUAAAGUUAUUCCUACAAAGUUUGUUAAGGUGGAACUUGGGGCGUUCUCCCGUGGUUCUUCGAGUCAUGAUCCGGUUUUGCACGAUGUGUCACACAUCGUCAUCCACAAAGACUUUAACGCAGAUCGAAAGGUACUCGCUGGAAACAUCGCUCUGGUGCGCUUGACAAAACCGAUUAAUGUUACCGAUGAGAUAAGGCCCAUCUGCAUACCGACCAGGAUGGAAGUGGAAAAACUCCUGAAACCUGGAGCCUCAAGCGAUGGUGUGGUAAUCGGUUGGGGUAAGACUCCUGAGCACCGAGUCCGCAACACACUUCACCAGGCAGCAGUCAUGGUUUCGCACAGAUCACAAUGCGAGCGAUGGGCCAACAACAUUGCUUUCGAUGAAAACACCAUGAUCUGUGCAGGUUUUAAGGAGGUCGAGAAGACCGCUUGUGUCGGUGAUAGCGGGUCCCCACUCAUGUUCUCUGUUACUACCCGUGAUCAGAGUUCAACGAAAUGGGUGCUGGGUGGUGUGAUGAGCUGGGGGCUUAAUGUGCUUCCAAAAGGCUGCCACAAGGAUUAUCGCUACACAGCAUACACAAGCGUGGAGCGCAAUUUAAAGUGGAUCAAGUUCAGGGGGAAUCGUGGGAAUACGAAAUAAACGAUAAUCCAUUUACCAUAAUAUCAAAUAAUCACAUAGCAUAUGUUUUGUUUCCGCUGAGUAACAUUAGUAAGCCGCUUACGCUAAGAUUUAAAUUGAACACCUGUCACGGAAAUGAAGCCAGAAAUGAGGAUAUUGCAGGUGUGAACUACCUUCCCGUGUGAACGAAGGGUAAGGCUAGGUAUCUUUGAACAGUAUCUGUUAAUCUUUGGUGUACAAACAGCCUGCUUGGAGUCGCAGCCUUUGCAGUUUGUCGCACUUAUUUUGUUUUGUAUAUUGUUAAACUUACAUAGGGCCAUAACUUUACUUCUGAUUAUCGUUCUCUGAAAAGUGAAAAUCAAUAGAGGAAAUUAUCUUUGGAUUUUCUUGUUUGGCCUUUUUGGUUUUUUUAAUGGGCUGGGUAUUACAGACUAAAAGUAACAUUAAGGAGAACAUACGAAAAACCGUCAGCAAGGCGUUUUGUCAGAGUAGCCUUCUUAAAAUGUUAAUUAAAGCUUAAGUCAGUCUUGAA